GAUUAAAAAAAGAAAGUAUUUGUCAUAGACGCCGACGACCCAACCAAACCGAGCUCAUUUGUUCUGGUCGACUUUUCUCUGCUCUCGACCAGCCACCCACACCUCCAUUCUUUCUCUCUCUCUCUCUCCCAGUGAUUUGGAUUCAGUUGAUUCGAGUUCUCUGAUCUGUGUACAUUUUGGUUGUUGAGGGAGAGAGGGGAGAAUGUCAGGAGGUACUCAGAAAAGUUUGAGGAAAGCGCUUGGAGCCCUUAAGGACACCACUACAGUUUCAUUGGCUAAAGUCAAUAGUGAUUACAAGGAAUUGGACAUUGCUAUAGUCAAAGCCACAAAUCAUGUUGAACGCCCUGCUAAGGAAAAGCACAUCAGAGCUAUUUUUGCUGCUAUUUCAGCAACUAGACCUCGAGCCGAUGUUGCGUACUGUAUCCAUGCUCUGGCGAGAAGGUUGUCGAGAACACAUAAUUGGGCGGUUGCAUUGAAAACUCUCAUUGUUAUUCAUCGUGCUUUGAGGGAAGUGGACCCCACAUUUCAUGAGGAACUCAUUAAUUAUGGAAGAAGCAGGAGCCAUAUGCUUAACUUGGCUCACUUUAAAGAUGAUUCCAGCCCAAAUGCAUGGGAUUAUUCUGCCUGGGUCCGUACUUAUGCCUUAUUCUUGGAGGAGAGGCUGGAAUGCUUCCGUGUUCUGAAAUACGAUGUUGAGACAGACCGUGCAAGGACCAAGGAUUUGGAUACUGCAGAAUUGCUUGAGCACUUGCCUGCACUGCAACAGCUUCUUUUUCGUGUUCUUGGAUGCCAACCACAAGGAGCUGCAGUUCAUAAUUAUGUGAUUCAGUUAGCACUGUCGAUGGUUGCUACAGAAAGCAUUAGGGUUUAUCAGGCUAUAAGUGAUGGUACAGUUAAUCUGGUUGACAAGUUCUUUGAGAUGGAACGCCACAAUGCUGUGAAGGCUCUGGAUAUAUAUAGGAGGGCCGGCCAGCAGGCGGAGAGACUUUCAGAAUUUUACGAGAUAUGUAAAAGUAUUGACAUUGGGCGUGGAGAGAGGUUUAUCAAGAUUGAGCAGCCCCCUGCGUCAUUUUUACAAGCCAUGGAAGAGUAUGUCAGAGAUGCGCCCCGGGUUUCAACAGUUCGCAAGGAUCAGGUGGUUGACAAUAAGAUUGCUGCUCCCAAGGAAGUGUUGGCCAUAGAGUACAAAAAGGCUCCAGAGAUGGAGGAGACACGUCCACCAUCACCACCUCCACCUGAAGCGGAACCUGUAAAAGUUGAAGCACCUGUUGCUGAACCACCCAAUCUUCUGGGUUUGAAUGAUCCCACUCCCGAUACUAAGGAAUUAGAUGAGAAGAAUGCCUUGGCUUUGGCCAUUGUUCCAAUCACUGAUCAACCUUCUAUGGCUUCAACACAAACAAACGGAACUACAGGCUGGGAAUUAGCACUUGUAACAGCUCCAAGCUCAAAUGAAACUGCCACAGCUACUAGCAAACUGGCGGGGGGAUUGGACAAACUUACACUGGACAGCCUAUACGACGACGCAAUCAGAAGAAACAGCCAGAAUGUGAGCUAUAAUCCUUGGGAGCCUGCUCCAGUGUCGGGUCACAUGAUGCAACAACCAGUACCUGAUCCAUUUUCCGCUUCUAGAGCAGUGGCUGCACCACAUUCAGUGCAAAUGGCAGCCAUGGCCAACCAACAGCAGGCGUUUAUGUUCCAGCAUCAACAGCAAAUGAUGAUGAUGGGUCCUCAACAACAAUCUGCAAAUCCUUUUGGAAACCCUCAUGGAGCCACUGUCCAUCCCUAUGGCUCAGGUAUGCCUGUUCAAGCAUACAAUCCGUAUACAGGCCUUAUUUAAUGGUUUCCCCAAAGCAUACUUUCCAUAUUGAGAGUCAUGACAGAUGAAAAAGACUGACAGAUGAAAAAGACUGGCAGAUUUGCCAGGAGUGGGAAAUUGGAAGAAGAGAAGAGACAAUAGUGUACCAUAUCUUGUGCAUGUGCAGUUAGCUAGGAUUGAGAUUCUUUCUAAAUAAAUAACCAUAGAGGGAGGACUAGCAAUUAUUUGAUAAUUAAAUUGAAGGGUGGUAAUGAUGCUUUUGAGAUUACUGAAAUUUUUUUUGGACCAGACCCUGCUUUAUUCUUGUUAUUCUUAAGCAGGAAAUCUUGUUAUUAUUAUUAUUUUUUGCCUAUGUUUUUCUUUCCUUGUUCCUCCCUCUUUGUUGGUGUUUAUUAGGCCCAUAUAAAUGAUAGAAAAGUUAUUUGUA